UUUCAAAUAUUUUUAAAAUCAUUGUUAUCAUAACGAUUAUAGAUAAAUGGCUAGUCUUGUAAAUUAUAGUGAUUCUGAUGAUACAGAAGAGUACUCUGAGGAAAAUACUCAUAAAUCUCUUAAACGAAAGGAAUUAGAUGAUGUAUCAGAUUCUUCUUUUUUUCCGGUUUUAACAAAAGAAAAUAUUUUGAAACUUCCAAAGAUUGAUAAAGAAUAUGAACUUGAAGAUACAAGAGAAUCUUCUUCUUUAAAUAAAAAUGCUGUGGAAGGGCAUGUUUCACUUUCUUCAUUGCUUCCAGCACCCAAAAAUGAUUUAAAAAUGGCUCGGUUAUCAAGAAAUAAUGGAACAAGAAAAUUGAAUAUAAAAAUUGAAAAUAAACAUGAUUCAACGAUUAAAAAUACUAAUUCUAAGAAUGAAAAUAUGAAGAAUGAUUAUGUGCAGUCAAAUGUCUCUUUAUUUUCAUUAGAUAUAGAAAAGUCAAAUAUAAAUGAAUAUGAGCAAACUAUGUCAAAUUCUUCAUCUUAUACACCAAUGCUAGUUAGAAAACAAGAUCACUUGAAUAAAAAACGUAAUGUUAAUAUUGAAAAUGUGAAAUUAAGUGAAAAAAAACAACAAAAUGUUCAUUGCAGUGAAAUAUAUCGUGUAGACAAAGAUAUAGAUGUUUCAGAAUACAACUAUCCAUUAAUUGAAGAAGAAACUCAGAUUUCUCGAAAAGAAAAAGAUGUUGAAUCUAUGAGGAUUUAUGGAAAACGUAGAUCAGAACAAGGACCUGUUAAAUUUUUAGAAGUUAAUGCAGAAGAAGAGUAUAAUGCAAAUGAAAUUAUGAAGAGAAAGGGCAUAUUAGUGGAAGCUCCACAACCUAUACGAGCAAUAGGUGCUGGAAGACAUCAAAUUACAACUUUACUUAACUCUGCUAUAUCUCAAAGAGAAGUCUUCGAGGAAGCAUUUGCUGCAAAUAAGGAGACUAAAAGGCAAUCUGGAAAAAAAUAUGGAUUUUAAUAACUAUGGGUUAAUUUUUUCUACGGUUUAUGUCAUUGAAUGCAAU